AUGUCUUUCCUUGGCUAUCGCAAAUGGCCUACGCCCGCAAGUUUUUUUUCACCAAGGCCCAUGUGGCCGUUCAUGGCAGCGGGCGCUAUCACUGUUUACUACGUUGCCAAAAUUCAAGACAUGGCUAUCCGAUCUCCGGAAUACGCCAAGGAUCCUAAAAAUCUGUAUGCCACGCAAAUAUCAAACUCGUCGGCUCAUUAG